UGUCAGGGUGUCACAGUAUGCAUCUAAUGGCGGAAUUCUUUCUCGUAUCGUACCUGUCGGUGUAAGUUUUUUAAACUACCCGUGCGGAUGGGUUCUUUCGGCCAGUUCUGUUAGCGGAACUCGUUUUUGGAACGGUGACUGAUCUCGCUGGAAAUGUGUACAAGUGCGAACGAUUUAAUUUUCGCGGUAGAAAACUAGUUGAAAGUGCGUGACUGUGAGUGCAAUUCUAGUGACGAUGGAGAUGCAAACUUCGUCGGCGGGCGGCAGCAAAAAGCGCCAGUCGCAACAGCAGGCGGAAGACGAGCUCGAUCCGGGUACCAAGCGAUUGGAAAAAUCGCUAUCCAUUAUGACGGUGAAUGUUGUCAACUUGUUGAAGAAGGCCCCCAAAGGGAUUUUGAAUCUAAGCGAGGCCACCAAAAUCUUGGAGGUUCGCCAAAAGCGACGGAUUUACGACGUGACCAAUGUGCUCGAGGGAGUUGGCCUGAUCGAGAAAUUCGGCAAAAACAGUGUUAAGUGGCGUGGUGACUCGAUUGCACCGGACCCCCGCGAUGUGGCUCGACGCACGAGGGUCCUAAAGCACGAACGGAGCGCACUGCAGGGUUAUGAGGAGAUGAUCGACCGUGAACUAGCAAUCAUACGCCAAAGCACCGAUAAUGCCAACACCGACGAUGCCACCGCUUCCUUCGCAUAUGUUACCAGUGAGGAUCUGACAAAUGUGUUUGGUGAUGGUGUAACCAGUCUGCUGGUUCCUCAGUCCAGUCGUCUUGAACCGCCUGCAGCAAUGAAGAUGAAAAGGAGUGCUAAGACUCUCGACAUUAUCUCCCCUGGAGGACUUCCGCUGGAUGUUAGACUGCAUCGUGAACCACAUGGGAAGUGCUUCACCAGACCAAUACGAAGAGCAAACAUGUUCCGGACACAGAACCGAGGCUCUCCAAAACUGACCGAGAAAGUGGUACGGGACAGAAAAAGUGCAAUCAACCGAGAGAGGGAUACUACCUCUAAGCAAACAGCAAAACAGACCGAUACGGGCGAACACGAACGAUUGCUUCGGGAUCAAAGUGUUGAACUGUUGUCCGGACGCGAUCUCACCAAUUUCAGUCGCUUUCUACCCAAAAACUUGGCUGGUUCAGCGCAAGACGACCGUGAUAGCCCGUUUUUCUCUCUAGAACCGCUUGAAGAGCAUAACUAUCCCUUUGUGCUCACUUCCAAAGAGGGUGUACUGGACCUGUUUGACAUUAACGUUCCAUCCACUGCUGAUUUAGACAUUGAACAUGAUUCUAUUAGUCGAAAUCUGCAAAAUACUAACCCAACGCCGGACGCUGAUCAAAUCAACCUGACGUGAGUCGGAUCUUUUUAACCGUUUCCAACUAUUGUGUAGGCCAAUGUUUCCUUUCCCCAUUACUAACCGUCAGUUCUUAUUAAAUAUCUAUGUAAGAAUAUGUGUACAUGUAACUCAAAAUUUAGAUUCGAGGCAUCACAAAUGUUUAUAGUUUUCGAAAGGUAUUUAAUUGCACAUCCCCUGAUUACAGUCACUGAAUAAAGUAUUCUAUCAUUGUUGCAUAGUUGCAGUGUUUCCUUUUCUGACAGUUUAAAUGUGAAGAAAUAAUCGUGUCAAAUCGAAAAUAAAGAGGUUGUUUCAGCGUUUCAUCAAAAAACAUUUUUUAGUUAAAUUACGAUUAUUGUAUAUAUAUAAAAAAAUCAAAAUAAAAGGUCUCCCAAAAAUCAUAAACCGUGAAAUGAAAUGAAGAAUUAGUGAGUUACUCGUCGAAGUUUUUGUAAUACGGCUCUGUGUUUCUUGACAAACUACUGUUUUAAACGAUUGGGGCCGUAUCCGAGUUUCGUACAAAUAAUCGGUUCAAGCCAAUUGAAAAAUAUUUCCAUAAUCCCAUAUCGGAAUGAACGAAUGAUUCGAGAAAAAAUGGUAAUCAUAUAAAUGCACGUUUCUUUCGUGCGAAUUUGAUGCGGCCGUAAACAUGAUUAUCUCUAUCUAAAUAAAAUGGUAGCGAACUUGGUUCUGAAACGCUCUGACAGAUUUUGCAAACCAUUAAUUCCCCAUCAGAACUAGGUUGUUAGUUUUUGAUUAUUGAAACAGUUCAAAUUUCUAA